GGCGGGCGGGGAGGGGGAGCGGCGGUUGGGGCGAGGGUGAUGCGCGCGUCUAUUUCCGAGCGGUCGCCUCACCCUUGGCGGCGGGCGGCGAGGAGGGGCCGCGCUCUGGCCUUGGCCCGGCCUCCCCCCGCGGGCCGCCGGGGCCUAUAAAGCGAGGAGGAUGCAGCUCUUCAGCACCGCCGUCGCUCACUACCCGCCGCCUUCCGCCCCCAACGCAGCCACAGCCUCCACCUCAGCAGCAGCAGGAGGAGGAGGAGGCCCCAACGCCGCCAGUGGGCCCAGCGUCGCCUUCAAGGCUUCCCCGGAGCCCGCACCGGGCAACGAGAGCGACAACCCUUGCGAAGCAGCCGCCAUUAUGCCCGCCUUCUCCUGCUUGGAGCUGCUCCCCGCGGCGCAACGGAAGCCCGCCAUGAUCCGCCGCCGGCCUCUGGAGAGAGCCGCGGAGUUGCCGGCCUGGCUGCCGCUCGAAAGCGGGGAGGCCGCCACUACGACAGCAGCAACAGCAGCCUCAGCAGGGCCUUGCCCGGAGUUGCUCGCCAUUGAGCCGGAGCCCAGCAACCGCGGCCUGCGUUUCGGUGAGCACUGCCAGGCCCUCCAAGCAGCAGCAGCAGCAUCGCCUCCGUUGGAAGAGGAUCGGCCCGCGCAUCCUUCGGAGCGGAGUGAAAAGCUGGCCCUGUACCUGGCCGAGGUGGAUAAGCAGGACAAAUAUCUCAGGCAGCAAGGCCGCUUCCGCUUUCAUAUCAUCCCGGAUGGGAACUGCCUGUACCGUGCUGUCUGCCAGGCGACUCAUGGCGAGCAGCGGCGCCACAGCGAGCUCCGCGAGCAGACUGUACACUACAUUGCCGACCACCUGGAGCACUUUGGCGCCGUCAUUGAGGGCGAUGUGGGCGAGUUCCUAGUCAACGCGGCACAAGAUGGGGCCUGGGCGGGCUACCCGGAGCUAUUAGCCAUGGGCCGCAUGCUGGGCCUGACUGUGCGCCUCACUACUGGCGGCCGGCCUGAGAGCCCAACUGUGGCCACCAUGGAGCAUGCCCUGCCUGGCCUGGGUCCCGCACCUGCUCCCCGCCGCACCAUCUGGCUCAGUUGGCUUAGCAGUGGGCACUAUGACGCUGUGCUCGACCGGCCCUGCGCCAACCCCGAGUACGAGGCGUGGUGCCGGCACGCCCAGGCCCAGCGCCGCCGCGAUGAAGAGCUGGCCAAGGCCAUGGCGCUCUCGCUCUCCCGGAUGUAUCUCGAGCAGGGCAGGGGCGCUGCAGCUGGGUCCUGACUCCCAGCCUCGCCAGAGAAGGGCAGUCAGGGAGGAAGGAAGGGCUCGCCCCUGAGGCCUUAAGACUUUUUGCGGGACCAGCCCAGUCUGACCAAGGUCUGUACAGGCCUGGGCCCUCCGGGUGUUUUGGAUUCUAACUCCCAUAAUUCCUAACAGCCUUGGGCCCCUUCCUUUCCCCCCUCAGCAGCUGAGGGGGAAAAGGAAAGGGCCUGAGGCUGUUAGGAAUUGUGGGAUUUGGAGUCCAAAACACCCAGAGGCCCCAAGUUUGCCCAGGCCUGGUCUAUAUCAACACACACAGAGCCCUUUCUUCUUUUGGCACAAUUGAAACAAAAACACAAUUUGUAGUCUCUUAAUGCCAAAAAUAAGUCAGUAAGAGACCGGUUUUUGUUUUUGUUUUCUUUGAGUUUCAUUCAUACUAAUAUGGUUUGUUGCCUAACAGUUUGUUCGAAACAGGCAUACUACUAUCAUCCUGUUAAUAGAAAAAGUGUGUUAUUUUUCUUCUCGCGAUGUACUGAGAGAAAGCCAAUGAUUUCCAGAUCCUUUUCAAAAGAGAGAAAUGUGUACUUUUUAAAAGAAGCAGUAAUGUUUAAAUUGGUAUCUUUUAAAGAUGAAUUGACUACUCUGUAGAGUGGGAUUUUUUUUUCCUCCCAGAUAGUUGAAACGUGUUUUUUUCUUCUUCUUCCAAGAAUGGUACAAAGAGCAAUUGUGACUUUCUGGUGUUCAGUUGUUUUCUAAAGUAAACUGUUUUUUUCAAUUUUAUUGCCUGGUUGGUGCCACCUUUUUUUGGAUCUUCAUCAACCAAAAAAAAAAAUCACAAAGGCUUCGAUUGUGAAGGACCUGCUGAAAUUGUUCUUUAAGAAUGGCCUUGAUUUGUGGUCUUGUUUUUUUAAUGGGUAUACAUGCUUCCUGCCUGCCUUCUGACAGCACACUAGCAGGUUCAUUUUAUCACAUUUUAUUCUUUAGAUGUUUUCUAAUGGCUAAUAAUGGGCUUGCUCUGGUAUUAUGUAAAAAAUUUAUACUAAGUUUAUAUGGUUUGCUGGGUCAAACAUUCAAGGUUUUCAAGGUAAAAGCCACCUUCUUUAAUUUCUAGUUAAAUUGAAAUGGCUAGAUAUAUUUAUUAAGUAAUGGAGUUUGUACUUUUUUAUUUUGUGACUUUUGAAUUUAUACUGUAUUUGUAUAAUAGGAAAAUUCUUAGCUAUUCUGAAAUAAAUGUAUAGUUUUGCUUGGA